AUGUCAGCAAGUGAAGUCGAGUAUUUGGGACAUUUAAUUGGUGGGGGGCAAGUCAGAACAGAUCCCAAGAAAGUGCAAGCAGUGGCUGAAUGGCCUGAACCCACAAAUAUCAAGCAAUUAAGGGCUUUCUUGGGGCUGGCUGGAUACUAUAGAAGGUUUGUUAAGAGCUAUGGGAUUCUAGCUAAGCCACUAACUCUUCUUCUUAAGAAGAAUGAAUUUAAGUGGUCAAGGGUAGCUGCUACAGCUUUUACUAAACUCAAGGAAGUCUUUAUUUCUGCACCUGUACUCACUCUUCCAGAUUUCUCGAAACAAUUUGUAGUUGAAACUGAUGCUUGUGGAGUAGGGCAAGGGUUUAGCUGA